UAAUAGAAUCCAUUGAUGCUGAUUUCUUUGAAACGCGAUUUCCAUUUAAAACGAGAAAUAGUGGGGGGUAAUGUACUACCUGCUAUAAGAGAUAACGGAACUAGUGGGGUGCUGGAUCUAAGAAUGAACUCAGAAGAAGUAAAAGAGCUGGAAUCUCCAAAGAUUUUGGUGAUGACAUUACUAUAGUAUACACCCUCGAAGAUCCCAAAAGUUUGCAGGAAGCAUUAACUUCCAUAGAUGGAGAUUUUUGGAAUGAGGCCAUUAUAGAUGAAAUGGAAUCGUUGGAAGCUAAUAAGACUUGGCAUCUAACAGACUUACCUCCUGGCUGCAAAGUCUUAGGUAAUAAAUGGGUUCUAAAAACGAAAAGGAAACAUGAUGGUGCAAUCAAAAGGUUCCGAGCUCGCCUAGUAGUGAAGGGCUACAGACAGAGAGAGAAUAUAGAUUUCUUCGAUACCUAUUCACCAGUAUCUAGAAUAACAUCCAUUCGUGUAAUGAUUGCUCUUGCUGCCUUGAACAAUCUCGUGGUACACCAAAUGGAUGUUAAAACUGCUUUUUUGGAUGGUGAUAUGGAUGAAGAAAUCUAUAUGGAACAACCAGAAUGGUUUGUUAUCCCUGAACAUGCCUCGAAGUAUGUAAGUUAGACAAAUCAUUAUAUGGUUUGAAAUAGGCUCCAAAACCGUGGCAUGAGAAGUUUGAUACUCUCGUUCUCUCACAUGGCUUUAAGGUGAAUGAAAGUGAUAAAUGUAUUUACUGCGAGUUAGAGAAUAAUACUUGCACUAUCAUAUGUUUGUAUGUAGAUGACAUGUUGAUAUUUGGUACAAAUAUCCACGUGGUCAACGAAGCAAAAGCCAUGUUGAAAGAGAGCUUUGAGGUGAAAGAUCUAGGAGAAGCAAAGUUUAUGCUUGGAAUCCAGAUAACUAGAACAACAAAUGGUUAUUAUCUACAUCAAUCGAGCUACAUAGAGAAGAUCUUGAAGAAAUAUAACUAUUUCGACUAUAAACCUGCGUGUACUCUGUAUGAUGCUAGUGUAAAGCUACUUAAGAACACUGGGGACAGUGUAAGACAAUCAGAAUAUGCUAGCAUCAUUGGCAGUCUCCGUUAUGUUGCAGAUUACACUCGACCGGACAUUGCAUAUGUCAACGGAUUGCUUGGCAUGUUUAACAGCUGUCCUAGUAGAGAGCAUUGGAAUACUAUAGAGAGGGUCAUGAGAUACCUUAAGAGAACAGCAAACCUUGGUAUUCACUAUCAAAGGUUCACUGCUGUACUAGAAGGGUAUAGUGAUGUGGAUUGGAAUACCCUAUCAGAUGACUCCAAGACAACCAGCGGGUAUAUUUUUAACAUCGUUCGUGGAGCUGUGUCUUGGAAGUCUAAGAAACAAACAAUCCUAGUUCAAUCAACUAUGAAAUCAGAGAUGAUAGCACUAGCAACGGCUAGUGAAGAAGCGAGUUGGUUGAGAGGAUUGUUGUCAGAGAUUCCCCUAUGGGAAAGGCCGGUCCCUCUGGUAUUGAUCCAUUGUGAUAGUACCGCAGCUAUCGCUAAAGUUGAGAACCGGUUCUAUAAUGGAAAGAAACGACAGAUUCGUCGUGAGCACAGUACUGUAAGAGAACUCCUAAUGAUAGGAGUAGUGAGGGUGGAUCAUAUAAGAUCCGAACAGAAUCUAGCUGAUCCUUUUACGAAAGGAUUACCUAGAAAGAAAGUCCAGAAUACCGCCAAGGGUAUGGGACUUAUGCAUACCGAACCACAGACUACAAGUGAUGGUAACCCAACCCAAUAGACUGGAGAUCCCAAGAAAUGGGUUCAAUGGGUAAUAACAAGUCAUGAGUAGUAUGCGAAAAGUUCAUGCAUAGUAAAGCAUGAAUCCCAAAGCAAUGGAGGUUGAGUUAACAACUUUUAGUGAGAUGUAUACCCUAUGUAGGGUGAAGUACUUUACUUUAGGGGUACUUCUGAUAGACUCACCUAUGUGAAUGUGGGAGUGGGGCCACUCCCAAUGGAACUUUGGAGGCACAAAGUUGCUAGAGCAUUCACUAAACCAGGAUAACGUGCAUGGCCAUAUACGCAUGGGCUAAGAAGAGAACAUAACUCAAUGAAAAGAUACGAUGUGCUACACUGUCUGAGAUAGACUUCAAGGCUACGAGUCAUCCUUAUGAAAUCGGAAGUGUAACCACUACGCUAAGGUUCAAAUAUUCGCGAUACCUUAGCUUAUGCCCGAUCUUAUAGAACUGUUUGUGCUCAGAGAUAGUUUCAAAACUAUUCAAGUGGGGGAUUGUUGGAAAUGAAUGAAAAAUGAAUAGCUUUGAAAACUAUAAGUCUCAAAGGAAAAACUACCACAUUGGUAGUUUUACUCUUAUGAUAUGUGUAUAAGAAUAGGAUCAUUUCCCCUAAGGGAAUUCCCCUUGGGUGACCCACUUUUGUGGGAGAGGGAGGACCUAAUGGACCAUCUCACACACACGCCCGCUCGCGCCGUCUGGCCGGUGGUUCGGUCGGUUGGGUGGGUGUUGAUUGAGACAAAUAUUUUUUUAUAGAAAUUCUGAAAUUAAUUAUUUAAAAGGAAUAUUCGAGGGAUUAUAGACGCGUUUUAAUUAAGAAAGUAAUUAUUUUCCUUAAUUAAUCCGACUUAUUUCUCAAGUAAGAGGGUAUAUUCCUAGGGGUUCGGCUCCUAUAAAUAGCUGCCUCCCCAGCCCUCUAAACACACCACAAUACAAGAAGAAACACAAUAGAGAGAGUGUUCAUAGAGCUCUGGUUUUUGCACAAAACCGCCGAGCAUACGAGAGGAGCUGUUUUAUCCUGGAGACGACCGGUUGAUAGUCUGUCGUGCGCAUCGAGGGCAGUGCUGCAAACGUCUUAAAGAAAGCGACCUAGUCCACGACUCAGCUCCAGAUUCAGUAACCCCGUUCCUUGUUGUUGUUCCAUUCCUAAUAAUUAUCACUCUAAUCCGGCCUACUUCCGAUUUUUCAUUUAAGAAUGGUUCCAAUUAAUUGUAAUUGACCAUAUGAUUCGGGCCUAAUUGUACAUGUUUUGCCCCCGUUUUACUUAGGUGUUUGUGCCAAAUUCACUCCUAUAAGGUUGGUUUUACACUAGGUUCCUCGUGUUAGAGUGUGUUUCAGGAUUUAACAGGUGAAACCAUCCUCGAAGUCGAAAGUUGGGCGAAAAGGAUUGAAAACCGGGAGACGAGGUGAAAAAGGGCCAAUUCACGGCUAACCAAGGAAGUUCACGGUCUUGCAUAACCGUGAAGAAGAGCCCCUGAUCGUGAAUCGCGAGGCGUCCAGAGCCAACAUGGAGGUUACUGACGCAAGGUGAGUUUACGGUCACUAAGACCGUGAACUAAGGUUGUUGACCGUGAACAGAAGAGAUCGACGCGGUGCGUUUUGGCGCACGCCUGCAGUUCACGGAAGCGUUUCUUGGUUCACGGCCGUCAACUCAGCUCGUCUCUGGUUUAAAAGAUGAGCUGAAAGGAGGAGAGAGGGGAGAGCCCAUUUUGUGUGAUAAGCCUACUUCAGCAUUCUAGAGAGAUAAACACAAACCAAAGGGAGAAGAAGGCUAGGGUUUUGCUUCAAGGCAGAUUCUGUGAAGAUUUCCUCCAAGGAAAGCUCAACUCAAGGGCCAAGAAGACUGGGAGCAUCUUCCAAGAUGGUUUCCACCUCUUUCCCUUUUGUUUUUCCCACUUCUAGCAUGGAGUAUACCUCAUUUCACUUGGGUGUUGUGAAACCCUAACUCUACCAUGUAGUUUUCAUUUAUGUGUAUUGGAUGGUUGUAAUUGAGUAUUGUUCCAUUCAAUGAUUGAGGCAUUAUUUAUCAUGAUUGUGCAUGCUUGUGCUUAGCAACUUGGGGGUUGUGCAUGAUUGUGCUUAGCACCCUUAGGUUUGUGCAUGUUGGUGCUAGCAAUCUAAUUAGCCACCUAAGCCUAGCUUAGAGAGGAAAAUCCCCCUUUCCAGGGAGUCUCAAUCGAGUUGGUUUUCCUUCCGCUUUCUAAGCCACCUAAACUAGGUUAAGUUAGGGCAACCCUCAAAAUCGAGUUAAGCAAAUCGGUUCAUCGCGAUUAAACCAUCCGACCUUAGAGUUGAGUGAGGGAGUAAGUCAACUACCGAUUGUGUAAACCGAGAGGGUUGAGUGACAAGGCCUUUCAUGAUUACCUCGGUUUAGCAAUUGAGAUUGUGGUCUCCGACUAUAUAUGCAUCCCUCUGCAGUCUGGGGUGACCAUGCCCAAAGCAAUCGUUCCAAUUCGCAUAGCAUGGUAGCAGUUAGGGGGAAGCAACACCCGAGUGAUGCUUCCACAAAAGAGUUUUCAAAAUCAAUUACCUUUGAUUUCUUUUAUUUCAAUUAGCAAACCUUUAAACCAAAAAUUUGUUGCUAGAUAAUGAUUUCAACAACUGAAUAGGGGUAGACGGACCAUCCCGGGUCGAUAUCUAAAUACUUGCCCUAUACUGUACCCGACUAAAGUUUAAAAACUUGGGCUCUAGUUGGGAUUUUAUUGUGGUGUAGUUUCGUGGGAUUCACCAUAUUCAUAUGUAAUGAGGGUUAUAUAAUUGUAAUUGACCAUAUGUAAGUAGGGUUAAUUACAAUAUAAGUAACGUGCUAGGGUUGUCUGUCCUCCACGGUAUAUAUGGUGAUGUGUAGAGCUAAAGAAGGUAGCAUGGAUGUUAACGGGACGGUUCGUGAUGGACAGUGCAUAUAUGUUAUUUUAUUUUAAUUAAUUUGGAUUUUUAUUCAUAUCUAAACUCGUACAAGAUUCUUGUAGUAAAUCUAAACCAUGCUCAUGUUACGAACAAGUCUUGGCCUAGUGCUAAUACCGAGGGCUGCAAAUGAGGCGAGCGGCUCGGUGCUCGACUCUGGAAAAGCUCGUUCGAGACUCAACUCGUUUAUUAACUAGCCGAGCAUGAGCUAAGCCUUGUUCAGCUCGUGAAGCUCACGAGCUAGCUCGACUCGGUGACUUGUUGAGUGAUAAUGAUGUAUUUGCACAUGUUUGCACCCUUAGUUCGUAUCCGUUUGCGGCUCAUAGUCGUGCAUCUUUGUCCUAUUUUACGCUGGGUUGUGCUACUUUGUCACAUUUCAGGUCCCAGACGUCGAAGGGAAGGCUAGGCACGAGUUUCGGGGCUUUUGGAGGUCAUUUGGUCGAGCUGGGGUCAAAACACGGGCAGAAGGCCUGAAGAGCACGGCUGUGUACAUAAAUGAGCACGCUAGUGUUUUUUAGUGCGAGAGUUGAAUCGAUGAAGAAGCAAAAUACGGGAUGCACUAAAGAAAAACACGGUCGUGGCUCAGACCGUGCUUUUUAUGCCGAGAGUGUGUUUUUGGAGGCUCCUGAGAAGUCCAAACACGGGCACCACUAGAGUAAAACACGGUCGUGUCAAUUAGUGGGCAUGACCGUGUUUUAGGCUGACGCGAGCGUGUUUUCAACACGUGGCGAGAACACGGACGGGAAAAGAAAAACAUGAUCGUGUCCUCGACCGUGUUUUUCCCAGAAUCGGGCUUUUGAGGAAGAUUCAAGCCAAAGGAAAGGGAAUCGAGUUUUGAGCAAAAAACCGACCUUUAGAGAGAGAAAGUGCGAAGAACAAACCCUAAGAGCUGUUUGGAGUGGAUUUCUCACCAUUGAAGCCCAUAUUGCAUCCCAGGAGUGAAGAUCGAAAUCCCAAAGGAGAUUAUCCCCAUCUUUAUGAGUAUGACUGCUCUGAUUUAUGUUUUCCACUCUCUCUCUCUAUGGAGUAGAACCCUCUCUCACUUGGGUAUGAAGAACCCUAGUUCCAUGUGUUAGGAAUCUUGGUUGUAAUGACUUUGGAUUGAUAUACUGAUUGAUUUUAAUCGAUUGAUGCAUGAUUCAUUGAAUCAAUUGAAGCCUGGUCAUCUUUUCUUGAUUUUUGCUGCAACCUGAGAUAGAUAGAAUCUAAUUAGGUUGUUAGAGCUACAUCAAUCGGUAGUAGUAGAUUGGUUAUACGAGAGUUAAUUGAUUUACUGCUUUGUACUGGAAUCCAAUUCUAGUAGUGGAGUUCUGUGUUUAUUGCCUCAGCAGUCUAUCCCGGUGAAGGCUAGUCGCCUGCCGGUUAGUCUGUCUGAGAGGGCUUGGUCAGCUUAAGAGAUUCCAAGCUACUGUCGGAUCUUCCACAGUCUAAUCAACGGUAAAUCAACCAAAGGUAAUUACAACUUUGACCUAAUUAAGGAGCUAGGGGGACUCAUUCCCGAUUGACUCUUCCCUUGCUAAAGAACUUCGAACCAUUUCCUGCUUUCUUACUGCUUUUGCUUUAAUCACAAUCACUCGACUUAGUUUGCUAGAUAAUAGAUAGUCACGGAGUAAGCAGUAGAUCUGGACCCCGGGUUGACAAAUAGAGUUUGCCACUAGUCUGCAUUUUCGGACUGCGAUUACACUUGGUCGCAGUUUGGUGUUGUGUUUUAGCGUGUCAUUGAGCUAAACUCGUGAGCUAGCUCGUUUAGAGCUUAUGAGAUGUCUUGCAAUGUGGCUAGAGAGCCAACUUGGUUACCGACUUAUGGGCGAAUUGAUCUCUAUCUUAUGAGUCCAGUUCAUAUGAUUGUUAAAUUAUAAAUCUCACCCUAUAUG